AUGGAGGUGGUGAGACGGGAGCAGGUGGAGAGAGACAGAGAGAGAAGGAGGCAGGAGGAGAAGAGGAGACAGCUGGAGCGUCUCUGGAGGAUGAGAGAAGAGGAGGAAGAGAGGAGGGCAGCUGAACGGGAGCGCCUUCAUCAGGAGGAGGAAAGAAGGAGAGAGGAGGAAAGCAGGAGGCUGCAGGAGAUGGAGGAGAGUGAGAGGAUGGGGUACCUCCGCAGACAGCAAGAGGAGGAGGAGGCAAGGAGGAGAGCAGAGGAGGAGAGGAGGAGGAGAGGGGAGGAGGCUGCUCUGUUUGCCAUGGAGGAGUCCCGCAUACAGGCUGAGCAAUUCGCCAGACAGAGAGUGCUGUUGGAACAGCAGUUGGCCUUUAAACGGGGUCUACUUACAGAGGCAGGGGGUCUGGAGAAGACUCAGGAUGUAUCCAGACCAUGGAUCUAUUCAUAUUUCACACUCUUAGAGCUAUCACGCCCAACCCAAUCUGAUCCUAACUCCCAAACCCCAAACCUUUAACUUGUAAAGACUGAGGACCCUGAACAGAUACAGUGGCUAUAAAGAGUCUACAUACCCCUGUGAAAAUGGCAGGUUUUUGUGAUGUAAAAAAAUGAAACCAAGAUAAAUCAUGUCAGAACUUUUUCCAUGUUUAAUGUGAAAUUACAACCUGUAAAAUUCAAGUGAAAAACAAGCUAAAACCUUUUACGAAAAAAAAAUAUACAAAUACAAAAUUUGCAAUAUCUUGGUUGCACAAGUGUGCACACACAUUCAGGGAUGUGGCUGUGUUCAGAAUUAAUCAAUCACAUUCAAACUCAUGUUAAAUAGUAGUUAGUAUACACUUGUCAUAAAUUAAAGUUACUGUGAUUUACCCCAAAUA